UGAUCAGAAGGCAUGUUGACAGCAUGUUCCACUGAGGAAUGUAGAGGCUGGGACACCAUGAAGGAUGAAAUGUGGGAGGUAACUGAUUAACUAUGGAAAACACUGUAGAAAAGGAGACUCUUGCCAGCGUGAGAGACUCCUAUGCAGAUGGUUGGGAACAUGCAAGAAUCCCACACUAACAAAAUUAUGCAGAAAGCCACCAUUGCUAGUGAACACACAGCCCAGAGGAUUUCCAAAACCAUCACGUUUUACAAGAAUGAAUCUAAAGCAGCCUCCAUGCUACAACAGAAUGGACCCAAACCUCUACUGCUGCUUCUUCCCUGGCUGGGCUCUCAGCCCCACACUGUGGACAAGUAUCGUGAGAUCUACUUCAGGCAGGGGUUUGACGUUCUGACCGUGGAGAGUGAGACCAGUCACUUCCUGUGGCCUAGAUGGGGGUUGGACUAUGGUGCCCAGGUGCUGGAUUUGCUGCAGAGUGACAGCUUUGUGUCCCGCCCACUCCUGCUUCAUGCCUUCUCCAUUGGAGGAUACACCUUCGCCCAGAUGAUGGUGCACAUGUCCAAUAAUACUGAGCAAUAUAAGAGCGUGACUGACAGGAUCAAGGGUCAGAUCUAUGAUAGCCUUGUGAUAGGCUCUGUGGAGAGAAUGGCAACAGAACCCUUUCCUAGUAAAAUAAUGGAGAAAGCCACCAUUAUUAGUGGAAUCACAGUCCAGAGGAUUUCCAAAACCAUCACGUUUUACAAGAAUGCAGCCUCCAUGCUCCAACAGAAUGGCCCCAAGCCUCUGCUGCUGCUUCUUCCCUGGCUGGGCUCUCGACCACACGAUGUGGACAAGUAUCGUGAGAUCUACUUCAGGCAGGGGUUUGACGUUCUGACGGUGGAGAGUGAGACCAGUCACUUCCUGUGGCCCAGGUGGGGUUUGGACUAUGGCGCACAGGUGCUGGAGUUGCUGCAGAGUGACACCUUUGUGUCCCGCCCACUCCUGCUUCAUGCCUUCUCCAUUGGAGGAUACGCCUUCGCCCAGAUGAUGGUGCACAUCUCCAAGAAUACUCAGCAAUACAAGAGUAUGACUGACCGGAUCAAGGGUCAGAUCUAUGACAGCCUUGUCAUAGGCUCUGUGGAGAAAAUGGCAGAAGGAGUCAGCAAGAUGUUCUUCCCAAGUUUGCAAGGUUUAGUGCAGUGGAGCACUCUGCUUUAUUUCAGAGUUCUUGAAGGCUAUACAGUGGAUUACUACAAUGCAGCCAUUGAGGUGUUUUGGAAUAACCCACUCCAGACCCCUGGCUUGUUUUUCCACAGUGAGAAUGAUCCACUUAGUGACCACAAAGAGCUAGAGAGAUUGCAGAAAAGGUGGCAGCAGCAGGGGAUUACAGUCAUGUACAAAGCCUGGAAAGAGUCGUGCCAUGCAGGGCACCUUCGACAACACCCACAGGAGUACCUGGAGACACUGCAUCAGUUCCUGCAGUCCCUCAACAUGUCUCCUAAAGACAAAGCCUCUGUCGGUCUCCAGGAUCCCACUCCAGAAGCAGAUAAUCUAGAAGCAAUACCUUUCCAAAGAGAAUAAUGAAUCUUGAGCAAGAAAUACAUUUCAAGCUUAAGGAACUCCCUCCCCAACAAAAUCCCAUUAUAUACCAUUGUAUAGAACUGUCACAGAAUAACUUGACCAGCCAUUAGCUUUGUCUUCACCUCUAGGGCUGUCAGAGCCAACAAAGCAAUGCCAAAUAAAUAUUACAAAGCCGCUAGUGCUGAUUUUUCUAAUUUUAUUAUUUAUUAUUAUUAUUAUUAUUAUUAUUAUUAUUAUUAUUUUUGUUUGGGAAUGGUGAACAAAAGACUGUCCUCAAGUUAGAAUUAAUUUUAAAUUAUCAUUGCUGAAAAGAGCCCAAAUGUCUAAUGAAUGCAUUGCUUCACUUUUAAACCUGUUGACCCAGACAUGUACACUUCAUGCAUAUACAUAAAAAAGAUAAAUAUAUAUGAAUCCCCACGUGUCUAUAUGUUAUUUUAACCUGAAGAAUGUCCAAUUGAAACAGAAAUAGCUUUGGCAGCAACAUACCACCUGAAUACCUUGUAUAUGGAAUUACAUUUAUAAAGCUGUUCUAAAUAGAGACCACAUGUAAUAGGCCCAAUUUGUUUUUACUUUUUUGCUAUUUGUGCCAAAAACUAUAAUCCAGACUGUACAGCAAGAACUGGCUGUGUCAGUGAGGACAGGCUUUCAGAUGUUAGCCAUUUACAUUGCACAACAAGAGAAACAACAGGCUGGUAGCUUGGCAACACAGUUUUCCAGGACAAAUGUCUUGUGCCAUGCAGACUAAUUGUGUAAGUAAGCAAUAAGGCAUGACAGGCAUAUACUCUAAUAUCACAAUGCCCUGGGUGCAUUGCAAGCCACGACAGAUCCAUAUAACUAAAAAUAAAACCAAAAAUUUAUUAAUUCAAAAGUAAGCGAUUUGUAGAUGUUGAAUUGAAAAUUGCCAUUGAAUGUGCGGUUUUUCUGUAUUUUAUUUGUUAUUCUUGUAAUUCUUGGUUUGUUUUAUUACAUUUUAAAGUAAUAUAUUACUGCCUAUUUUCAUCAUGACACAGCUCAAAUGAGUGUGCCUUUAAGUCACACAGACCCUUCCUCGUAGGAACUGCAACAGCAUCAGGUAGGGUGACCAGAUAGCAAGAGCGAAAAAUCAGGACACUUUCAAUUGGUGAGGGGAGGAAAGAAACUUUGUGAACUAUUGCACAAUGCAAGUAACCCAAACUAGGUAUCUUUCUUCUGUAGAUAGGCUUCCUGUGUUAGUUGUACCCAUGUUAAAUCAGCACUACAGAUACACUCAAUUACAGCUACCUCGGUUCAAACAACCUUCUACUUAUCUUUUAAAUUUUAGACCCGAAUAGGCAUGUUUUCUUUAUUUUGACUCGGUGCUGAUAAAACAAAUUCCUGGAUGGGAAAAAUAACAUGACAACGAACGUUCUUCAUAUAUGGACUUUAUUAAAAGUAUGCCAGAUACCUUUGUGUAACUGAGUUUUGGGACUGUUUCUAAUUGAUGUCCACAUCUGUAUAACUUUCAAUGUUUGCCUUACACUUUCAACCAAUUCAAUGGAUGCAGACAUGCAGUCUCAAUAAAUGGGCAAAUCCACA